AUGGGUCAUGAAAUAAACAAAAUCCCAUCAAAACCCACCACCGGAAUCUCAAAAAGAUGCCGCCGGCAAGUGGAAGACGCCGGAGAAGUUGAAUGUUCCGAUAAGUCGUCAUCUUCAUCAUCAAUAUCAUGUAAGUCAUGCACUGCAAGAGUGAUUGCUGAUUGUGUGGCAAUCUGUUGUUGCCCAUGUGCUCUUGUCAACUUUUUUACACUCACAUUGGUUAAAGUUCCGUAUAUGAUGGGUAGAAAAUAUUUGAGUAAUUUGAGUAAAAAAAAGAAGUUGAAAAAUGAUCAAGAAAAAGGCGGAAAUAUAUCGAAAAAAGAUGAGACUAGUAAAAAUCAGGAUUUGGGAGAAGUAGUAACUGCCAUUGUGGAAAGUGAAAAUGAAGAAGAAUUAAUGGAAAGUAGUAAUAAUAAGUAUAGUGCAAGAUUUGAAGCUGAAAGAGUUUGGUUAGAAUUGUAUAGAGUUGAUCAUUUGGGUUUUGGUAGAGUUUCUUUCAAUGGUAUUCAAUCACUUGGUUAA